UCAAUGCCAAUUUUGGGAAGAACUUAGGUUCUUAUCAUUAACGAUGUCUCUUUCCUCGCCGACCGAUUAGGAGACGGCACGACGAAUCAAGGAGCAAUUGAUCGAGAAGCGCCUAGAAGCAUGGAUGUCGAAAGGAGUAGACAUCAAAGGGGAGGGUAAUGUGCCUAUUCAGGAACUAAUCUACCGUCAAUUUCAAUUUGACGAUACACACCCAGUUGCAGGCCCCAGCGUAGCUUGGAAGACUGAUGAAGGAUAUCGCUUCAUUCCCUUGGACGAUCGAACUUCUAUAAUGCGCCAGUACGUAGAACAGCGCGAGUUAUUCAACACUCUAGAAGAGAACAAGGGCCUUUCCGAUGCUGUCAAUAAAUUGUUGGAAGAGGAAAUUGAUCAGAAAGGGUAUCUCGCAUUCGAAUCGGAGUCUAUCUUCGAUAUUCCUCCUGCUUCUACACUCAAGUUAAACAGCAAGGUUCGCCUCAUUGCUAGAUUCAAGCUCUUGCAGCGCCACAUGCACACACCUGCGCCUGCGCCCGCACUCCCGAAGAAGCCAGUAUUCGAGCCCAAAGAGGAUGAAAUCGAGAUGUCAAUGCUCCGAGCCACAGCAAUGCAGACCCUUCAUCUCGAACUCUUCCUUGCCUCACCCGAUUAUCCCAUGGAUCGCUUCCGCGACCUUCUCGAGAAUGUCGCCGAGCCAUGGCUCUCCGCUGGAAUCUCAAACCGUGAGCUAGUCGACGAUCAAUUCGAGAAACCGAGUGAUGGCCCUCAGCCUCCUAUGACAGAAGCCGAACGUCAAGAAUGGUAUGACGAUAUACGUCUAGAGGGCAACCUUACCCACGAGCAACUCGCAAGUUGGUCUUAUAGAUUGACGGAGUUCCCACCCCACACCCAUAGGAAGCCCACCAAGCUUUACACGGACUGGUCUUCUGUCAAUACUAAGGAAGAGUACGAGGAGAUGUGCUCCUCAGUCAAGGAGCGUGGUGUGUCAGCCAUGUUUACUCGCACUUGGAAGCUUUAUCAGGUUGAUCGCAUCAUUAGUGCGCGCACUAUCAAAGAGCAGGAGUCACAGCAGGAUAGUACCGAUAAGGGCAAGGGUAAAGAGAAGGAGGUUUCAGCACAACUAGAAGGUCUCCUCUCUUUUGACAAAGCCGGGGAAGAUAGUGAGUUUGGAGAGAUGAAGGUGGAGUUGGUUACAGCAAAUCUCACCAAAGGAUAAUGGGCUUGCCUGGGUCCAUGGUACUUGGACACAAUCCGUUGGCGGUAAUAUUGGUUUGUGACCAUACAUACCUGGAAAUGUCGAUACGUCUAUCGAGUACUACAGACAGGAAUUCUGGCAAUGUUUGUUAGGUUACCUGCACUUUUCCAUAUUUGUUCUCGUGGGCGUUAGGCUAGUCGUCUGAUGUCUUCAGACGAGUCUUGAUUCGGCGGGACGCUAUACGUAUUUACUACAGACUCGUAACGAACCAUGAGAUAGGUAGUGGCAAUUGGAAGGUCUAGGCCGUUUUAUAUACCCAAGUAGCAAACAUCCUAACUUUUGUACUAUAUUUGCGCGAAUGGUGUUUCCUCUAAAACUAUGGCGGGUCGCUAAAGUCGGGUAAUAACAAGUCGUAACUUCUAAGUCAAC